AUGUCUGAUAAAAAUGAAAAUAUCAUGGAGAGUACUCCCAGAACCUACGGGCCAAAGGCGACGGUGGCACAAAUUUUCGCUACUAUAGCGCAGAGCUUUCUACUAAUUGGAUUGGGCAUGGAAAUAGGAAUGCCCACAAUUGUUAUUCAACAUUUAUAUCAAAAUCCAGACAGUGAAUUCUCUUUAACAUUAACUGAAAUUUCAUGGUAUGGGAGUAUAUUGUUCAUAUUUCAUCCGACUGGAAGUUUUCUAUCGGGAUUCCUGCAAGAAAGGUAUGGAAGGAAAAGGUGCAUGAUUUUCGCCAACGUCCCCAGUAUUUUCGGAUGGAUAUUGCUGUACUACACUCACUCCGCGGUUUCACUUUACGCGUCCACCGUGCUGAUGGGCUUGAGCAUAGGAUUUAGCGAAGCCCCGAUACUGUCGUACGUCGGCGAAAUAACCGAACCGAGACUCAGGGGGUCGAUGGCUUCGUUGGCGUGCACCUCGUCUAUGCUUGGAAUAUUGUUGACUUAUUUUUUGGGAUAUUUAUUCGAAUGGAGGACCGUCGCAUUGCUGAGUGCACUUUGCCCGAUCACGUGUAUAUGCCUAGUGAUUUUGAUUCCAGAGUCUCCAGUAUGGCUGGUUGCCAAAGGGAAAAACGAAAAAGCCGAAAAAGCCUUACGUUGGUUAAGGGGAUGGGUGGAACCCGAAAUUGUCAAAGCCGAACACCUUGAACUCAUUCGAUACAACGAAGUAUCUGGAACUCAUCGGGGAACCGCCGAUGUUAAUCGUAACAAUUUACUAUUGAAAUUAGCCCAAUUCAAGAAUCCGUCGGUAUACAGACCCUUCAGACUUAUAAUGUUUUAUUUCCUGAUUUCCGAUAUCGUUAGCAGUGUUCCCUGGAGGGCAUUUACCAGUAAAAUCAUGACAGAAGUUGGUAUAUUGAAUAAUCAAAGUUUGCUAUUGGUGGUUUUUGCUGUACUUCAAAUUAUUGGAUCUUUGAUAGUAGUCUUGACCGUUCAUCAUCUAGGGAAAAGAUUUUUGACUAAUUUGACAUUUUUUAUCAACACUAUGUUGCUGUGUUUAUUUGGCGCAUACAUCGUUGCCAUGAAGAAUAACUACAUCAACUCAACUACUUGGAUUCCCAUAUCAAUAUUAUGUGGCAUUAACUUUUUCGGAGCUUCAGUCAUUAUUUUGCCAUGGAUGUUGCUUAGCGAAGUUUUUCCAAACAAGAGCCGAGGAAUCGCAACUGGCUCAUCUGCAGGAUUAGCUUAUUUAUUAAUAUUCAUAUUAACAAAAUCAUACAUAGCAUUGGAGCUUCUAUUGACCUUGGAAUACACUAUGGUUCUCUUUGGUUGUUUGGGCAUUUUGGGAUCAUUCUAUUUGUACUUUCAUUUACCAGAAACGGAAAAUAAAACACUAUUAGAAAUCGAAGAAUUUUUCACAUAGAAUAUAUACAAGCUAUUUAUUUAUUAUAACUAAACAUGUGUUAAUAAAAUAUGUAUAUAUUA